CCCAGUCCCGCCCCUCAGGUCCCCUCCCUCCACCCAGCCCUGCAGGCCGCGAGUCGGCAGUUGCAGCCGCACAGGUUGCGAGGCGGUCCGGGAGGAGCGGUCCGCGCGGCGGGCGAGGCAGAGGCAGAGCGAACGCGGGAGGUCGCUGCAGCCAGGGACACGCGUACUGCUGCCCAACAUGGUCGCUGCGCACGCUGCCCAUUCUUCCUCCUCCGCCGAGUGGAUCGCCUGCCUGGAUAAAAGACCCUUGGAACGAUCCAGUGAAGAUGUGGAUAUAAUCUUCACACGACUGAAAGAAGUUAAAGCUUUUGAGAAAUUUCACCCAAAUCUCCUUCAUCAGAUUUGUUUAUGUGGUUACUAUGAAAAUCUGGAAAAAGGAAUCACAUUAUUUCGUCAAGGUGAUAUUGGAACAAACUGGUAUGCUGUCCUGGCAGGGUCUUUGGAUGUUAAAGUAUCUGAGACCAGCAGUCACCAGGAUGCAGUGACCAUCUGUACUCUGGGAAUUGGAACAGCCUUUGGAGAGUCCAUUCUGGACAACACACCCCGCCAUGCGACCAUCGUUACCAGGGAGAGCAGUGAACUGCUCCGCAUCGAGCAGAAGGACUUCAAGGCUCUAUGGGAGAAAUAUCGACAGUACAUGGCAGGACUUCUGGCUCCUCCUUAUGGUGUUAUGGAAACGGGAUCUAACAAUGACAGGAUUCCUGACAAGGAGAAUGUCCCUUCAGAGAAGAUCCUCAGGGCUGGAAAAAUUUUACGAAAUGCCAUUCUUUCUCGGGCACCUCACAUGAUACGAGAUAGAAAAUACCACCUAAAGACAUACAGACAAUGCUGUGUGGGAACCGAGCUGGUGGACUGGAUGCUGCAGCAGACUCCAUGUGUUCACUCCCGAACGCAGGCUGUUGGCAUGUGGCAAGUCCUGGUAGAAGACGGCGUUCUCAACCAUGUGGACCAGGAGCAUCAUUUCCAAGACAAAUAUUUAUUUUAUCGAUUUCUGGACGACGAGCACGAGGAUGCCUCGUUGCCAACUGAGGAGGAGAAGAAGGAAUGUGAUGAAGAGCUCCAGGACACCAUGCUGCUGCUGUCGCAGAUGGGCCCCGAUGCCCACAUGCGGAUGAUCCUCCGCAAACCACCUGGCCAGAGGACCGUGGAUGAUCUAGAGAUUAUCUAUGAAGAGCUCCUUCACAUUAAAGCCUUAUCCCAUCUUUCUACCACAGUGAAACGGGAGUUAGCAGGUGUUCUAAUCUUUGAGUCUCAUGCCAAAGGAGGAACCGUGUUGUUUAACCAGGGGGAAGAAGGCACCUCCUGGUACAUUAUUCUAAAAGGAUCAGUGAAUGUUGUCAUUUAUGGCAAGGGUGUGGUCUGUACCCUGCAUGAGGGAGAUGACUUUGGUAAGUUAGCACUAGUGAACGAUGCCCCAAGAGCUGCCUCUAUCGUCUUGCGAGAAGAUAAUUGCCAUUUCUUGAGAGUAGACAAGGAGGAUUUCAACCGGAUCCUGAGGGACGUGGAGGCGAAUACAGUCAGACUGAAAGAACAUGACCAAGAUGUCUUGGUGCUGGAGAAGGUCCCAGCAGGGAACAGGGCUCCUAAUCAAGGAAGCUCACAGCCUCAGCAAAAGUAUACUGUGAUGUCAGGAACACCUGAAAAAAUUUUAGAGCAUUUUCUAGAAACAAUACGCCUUGAGCCAGCUUUAAAUGAAGCAACAGAUUCUGUUUUAAAUGACUUUGUUAUGAUGCACUGUGUUUUUAUGCCAAAUACCCAGCUUUGCCCAGCCCUGGUGGCCCAUUACCACGCACAGCCUUCACAAGGUACAGAACAGGAGAAAAUGGAUUAUGCCCUCAACAAUAAGAGGAGAGUCAUCCGCCUGGUUUUACAGUGGGCCGCCAUGUAUGGAGACGUCCUACAAGAGGAUGACGUGGCUAUGGCUUUCCUGGAGGAGUUUUAUGUGUCUGUAUCAGAUGAUGCCCGGAUGAUCGCUGCCCUCAAGGAACAGCUGCCAGAGCUAGAGAAGAUCGUCAAACAAAUUUCAGAAGAUGCAAAGAAUCCACAGAAGAAGCACAAAGUUCUGUUGCAACAGUUCAACACAGGCGAUGAGAGAGCCCAGAAGCGCCAGCCUAUCCGUGGCUCUGACGAAGUUCUGUUUAAGGUCUAUUGUAUGGACCACACCUACACAACCAUUCGGGUGCCGGUGGUCGCCUCAGUGAAGGAAGUCAUCAGCGCAGUUGCGGACAAACUGGGCUCUGGGGAAGGCCUGAUCAUAGUCAAGAUGAGUUCCGGAGGAGAAAAGGUGGUGCUCAAACCUAAUGAUGUCUCAGUAUUUACAACGCUCACCAUUAACGGACGCCUGUUUGCUUGCCCACGAGAGCAAUUCGAUUCACUGACUCCCUUGCCAGAACAGGAAGGCCCAACUGUUGGAACAGUGGGAACUUUUGAACUGAUGAGCUCGAAAGAUUUAGCAUACCAGAUGACAAUUUAUGAUUGGGAACUCUUCAACUGCGUGCAUGAGCUGGAGCUAAUCUAUCACACAUUUGGAAGGCAUAAUUUUAAAAAGACCACAGCAAACUUGGAUUUGUUCCUGAGGAGAUUUAAUGAAAUUCAGUUUUGGGUUGUCACUGAGAUUUGCCUUUGUUCCCAGCCCAGCAAGCGUGUUCAGCUCUUAAAAAAAUUUAUUAAGAUAGCAGCCCACUGUAAGGAGUACAAAAAUCUGAAUUCCUUCUUUGCCAUCGUCAUGGGACUAAGUAAUGUUGCUGUGAGCCGCUUGGCACUAACGUGGGAGAAACUGCCAAGCAAGUUCAAGAAGUUCUAUGCGGAGUUUGAAAGUUUAAUGGAUCCUUCAAGAAACCACAGAGCCUACAGGCUGACAGUAGCUAAGUUGGAGCCUCCUCUCAUCCCCUUUAUGCCUUUGCUCAUUAAAGAUAUGACAUUUACUCAUGAGGGCAACAAGACGUUCAUUGACAAUCUAGUAAACUUUGAAAAAAUGCGCAUGAUUGCAAAUACUGCCAGAACAGUGAGAUACUGCAGAAGCCAACCGUUCAAUCUUGACGCAGCUCAAGCUAAUAAGAACCAUCAGGAUGUCCGGAGUUAUGUACGGCAAUUAAAUGUGAUUGACAACCAGAGAACUUUAUCACAGAUGUCACACAGAUUAGAGCCUCGUCGACCAUAGACAUUUAAAGUGCCCAGAACAAUCAUUUGCCUCCAGUCCACAGUCUUUCAAAAAUGGCGUUUAUGCUACUACUGACUGUAUGAUCACUAGAGAAUUCUACAAAAUAAGCAAAGAUACACCCUGAGAUACUUCAGGGCUGCAUUCAGCUUACCAGCUUCCUGACAAGAGAAGAAAUGAUUUGAUUUGCAUAAAGCUUGCACUCUCUAGCUUAGGAACCCCCAGUUUGUAGUCACCUGAUUUCAUUUCCAAUUGUGCCAUCUUUGCUGAAACAUAAAAUAAGACCCACAAUGAAGAGUUCGGUGGAAAUACCAUUAUCAGGAGAAAUAUCAAGCCCCUGACAUUUUUUCUAAGAAUGUUAACAGGGUGAGACGUGCUACAAAUGGGUUUUAUUUGGAUACAUCAGUGGUCAUAUAGUUUCGUAAUUUUUAAUUCCACAUCUUGAUUUGGAGCAUGAGGUUUGGGGAAGGUGUUGAGGAAUUUGUGUAAAUCCAAACUAUAGGUUGUAUUCUUCCAUCUUCACGGUCUGACCUCUGAAGGGAUUGAACCUGACCCUACUGCUAUAAAACAUUAUAACUAUUUAUGUAAUUUAGGGAGGAAGAGUAUGUGAUUUCUGAAUGAUAUAUAGAAUAAUAUUUAUGUUUACAACGUAACUUUUUUAAACUUACAAAUCAGGAUUACAUACAUAAGAAUUCCACUAAGAAACUCCAAGGUUCUUAAAAUUGCCAGCGUUGAGAUAAAAAAAUUGCAUUUCAGAAGAGCACAAUAUGCACAAAACAUUUUUCAAAAUUAAAAUAUUUUCCUGGGCAUUAAAAACCUUUACUAUUGGCUAAUUAUUGUUACUGAUUAAAAAUCAUAUUUUCUGGACUUAAAUGUUAUUACAAAUAUCUUAAUUUUCAGCAAUUGUUUUGCACUUUCAAAUAGAUUGUAAAUAGUUCAUUCAAUCAACGAUAUAGUUAUUUAUUUGCUACAUAAUAGAUAUUGUGCCAAAUAAUUACUUUUUAUUUAUUUUAUUUAGUAUGUAAUUUUGGAGUACAUUUUUUCCUGUUUUCACAAUUAGGCUACAUUUAAUGUGUAGGAAUUGUAUGUAUGUAUAUCUCCUAUAAAUAACAGCUAGUUAUCUUCAUUAAAUAUAAUUGUUGACAAGAAAUGGUUGUGCUCUCAAUUCCUAUAAUAUGGAAGGGAUAACUAUUUGGUAUGGAGGGGUCCUGGAUUUUUUUCAAAUUGAAAUAAAAUUAUAUUUAUAUACUAUAAA